AUGUCGGAACAGAGACAACACGCCCGCAGGCGGACGAGCAGCAACGCGGCCGCGCUGCCCAUCAGGAACGGCCAGCACGCGCGGGAGCAGCCCAAGGCGGCGAUACAGCCCAAGUCGGCGCACACCUCGGACGCCUUCCUCCACGACUUUCUGGACCCCUCGUUCGACCCCGCCGCCUACCUGAAUGCUGCCUUGCCGCCCCUCGCCAGCAGCAGGCACCCGUCUUCCCAGCCGGGCAGUGCCGCCGUGCCGCUGGCGGAGCUAUCCGCCCAGGCACAGACGCUGUUGUCGCAGCUGAAUGCGCAAACUACACGGCUGUCCAACACGCUGACGCAGCUGACUGAUGAUAUUUUGAGGAGCGGCAGCCGCCUGGCGUACGAGGUGGAGUUGUUGAGGGGUGAGACGCUGGGCUUGUCGGAGACGCUGCAUGAGACACUCAAGGAGGACAUUGAGGUUUUCGUCCCCGGGGGACUGCAGCCGAAUCACGAAACCAGUAAGGAGGCCGCCAAGAGGGAUCCAGUCGAGGGCAAGAGCAGGGAUGCCGAGGACGGCGUCGAGGCAUCUCCUGGUGCUGCACCCAGCCCAAACGACCCGGAAUUCAUCAAACAGCUGCAGACACUGACCAUAGUCCGCUCGCGCCUGGAAGCCGUCAUCAAGACCUUUGGAGACGCCAUGGAUUUUACAUUCCCGCCCUCGGAGGUAUCCGUCAGCUCGGGGUUCCUGUCCGUGUCCGCGCCGGAACCCGGCUCCGAGCAGCAGAGCUCCGAGGACAAGGGCCAGCAAGUGCUUCAGAAGCUGCGCGACGAGAUUGCGGGCCUCCUGCAAAAGAGCGACGACCCCGUCCGGGGCAUUGAAGAGGCCGCCGCCAGGGUCGAAGAGCUAAAGGAGCUGGCUGUCGUGUGGAAGGGCACGGCGGAGGAAAAGGGCCGCAACAAGUUUAUCGAGAGUCUGGCCAAGAUGGUGGAGGAUGGGCACAGAGACUUGGUGAGGGAGAUGGACCAGGCGGCGAGGAGGGACGGCCGCGCCGCGAGCUCUUCGCAGGGGCGGAGGCCCGGCGACAAGGAGAUCGCUGGCGAGGAGACCAGAGUGCCGGGGGGGUUCGGACUCAUCAGUCAGCUGCAGAAAUUGAGAAGUGGACUGUAG